UUGCCGACACUACUCAUGACGCAGCCUUUACUAUCGGAUAGUCCGGUCCUUUCACGAUAUACAGCAUGGUUGUUGGGUGGAUUGGUGUGGACGGAUGAAUUGGCGAAUAUGUUGGCUACGCUCGGGACAGUGGAAGCUAUGGUGGGACAUUUGAAGAAGGUGUGGAGGGGUUAUAGUAUUGAGGGCAAGUAUGACGUGGACGAUGUCUGCGCGGCGGUAUAUGGGGUUGCUAGGAUGGCAAGGUCGAUCAAAUUGUCGAAAGCCCUCGCAAAGGCAGGCUGUGUUGAGCCCUUGGCCGACCUUCUCAACACUUCCGAUGAUCCCCAGAUCCUCCUCUUCACAUCCCGCGCGAUCGGCUGCCUCAUGCGUCCAAACUCCUCCGACAUGUCCAAAAUUCUCCUCGAAGCCAACUGCGCACCAGGUCUCGCUCGAAUUCCCCGCGUUCUCCCCAGUACCUGCGUCCCACCGCUUGCAGGCUUUGCUUUCGCCAUCCAACGUUUCUCGUGCGCCGAAUGGGGCUCUGGAACUCGAAAAGCCUUGGUCGAAGCGGGAGUUGUAGAUUCGUUGCUGGCGGCCCUGAGGACGGCUGGGGAGGAAAAGGGUAGAGAGGAGUAUGAGGUACAUGUUGAGUUAGCGUUAGCAGUGAGCUUCUUGGGAGAUGUCGGCGGCGGGGCCAUUAGGAAGGAGAUCAUGAAGGCUGGUGGGAUUGAUAUUCUGAAGAGGAUGGGGGUUGAGGCGAAUAAGGAGGAUAGGACGGAGGUGGUGAAGGCUUGUAAUCUGGCGGUGACGAGUAUCACGGGGAAUUUGUGGUCCAGGAAUGCAGGUGAGUGGCGGUUUCUUAACUCUACUUUUGUUUCAGUGCGUGUAUGA